AAGAUAGAGAUGGAAGGAGCAAACCUUGGAGGUUCUUUGCCGGUGCCGAGCGUUCAAGAGCUAGUUAAGAAAGAACCGCACAUGAAACAAGUUCCGGCUAGGUACAUUCAAGACGAUGAUGAUGAUAUUGCAGUACCGACCAUUAUUGUCGAUUCUUCCAGUUUACUCGAUCAAAUCCCUGUCAUCGACUUGCAUGCUCUGCUUUUCUCUUCAGAUCAUGACAUGUUCCAAUCUGAACUCCACAAAUUGGACGAUGCCUGCAAAAGUUGGGGCUUCUUUCAUUUGAUUAAUCAUGGUGUAAGCACUUCACUAGUGAACAAAAUGAAAUCUGAAAUAGAACAAAUCUUCAAUAUUCCAAUAGAGGAGAAGAUGAAACUCGAACAAGAACCAGGGGAUUUAGAAGGAUUUGGACAAGCUUUUGUUGUCUCCGACCAGCAGAAGCUUGAUUGGUCCGACAUGUUCUACUUGGUUACUCUGCCUCUUCAUUUAAGAAAACCCCGUCUUUGGCAAAACCUCCCACUUUCUUUCAGAGAAACACUAAAAGAAUAUUCAUUAGAGCUACAUAAACUAAGCAUGAAGAUAUUAAACCUUAUGGCAAAAGCAUUAAACAUAGAUGAAGAUGAAAUGAGUGAUUUAUUUGAGGAAGGAAUGCAAUCUAUGAGGAUGAAUUAUUAUCCGCCUUGCCCACAACCCGAGCUGGUCGUCGGUCUUACUCCACACUCAGACGGAAGUGGCCUCACCAUCCUGCUCCAGGUAAGCGAAGUUGAUGGUUUACAAAUACAACAUAAUGGGUCGUGGAUUCCAAUCAAACCAAUUCGUGAUGCCUUCAUUGUGAAUAUUGGCGAUGUUUUAGAGAUAUUUAGCAAUGGAAUAUACAAGAGCAUUGAGCAUAGGGCGGUUGUUCAUUCAGAAGUAGAGAGGAUGUCGAUAGCUGGAUUUCUAUCGCCAAGAUUGGACGGGGAACUUGGCCCAGCCAAAAGCUUAACAUGCCAUGGAAUUGGAAUGCCGCCACAGUUUCGCACACUAAGUGUAAAAGAUUUCUUCAAGGGAUUUUUUGAGCGUAAACUCGACAAGAAAUCUUAUUUGCAACGUCUUAGAAUCAACUGAAACUAGCUAUAUGUGUGUUUCAAUUAUGGAUUGGAGUUAUGUUCUUUGAGCAUGAUGAACUCCUCUUGGAUAUAAGGAAAUAAAUUA